CUUUAUCAAACCUCAUUAACUUUUUUAAAAAAUAAAAAAAUAAAAAAAUGAAUAAGAUCAUAUCGCUUCUCUUGGCUUCCUCAGCUCUCUUGUCUACAUUUGCGCCUACUGUUUCUGCAGACCCCUGGCAGGGCCAAGUCCUUGCGGCCCAUAACUCUGCCCGCGCACAAUACGGCGCCAGGCCAUUGAUGUGGAGCGAUGCCUUAUAUCCCGGGGCCUUGCAUCAUGCGCAAACUUGCAAGUUUGGACACAGUAAUGCUCAAUUUCGUUAUGGAGAGAACCUUUAUGCUACUGGAGCCCCUGCUGGCGGCAUUAACGAUGCCAUGGGAGCAUGGAUGGGUCAAGCUGCGAAGUAUAACUACAAUAAUCCUGUGUUCAGUCCGAGUUAUGGUCAAUUCACCCAAGUUGUCUGGAGAUCCACAACACAUGUCGCAUGUGCCAUAGUGGUAUGUCCUCCCCAUUCGACCAUUCCUGAUUUCCCUGGCAAUGUGAAAUACAUUGUUUGUCACUAUGCUCCUCCGGGCAAUUACCCUGGCCAAUUUGCUCGAAAUGUCGGCCGCCAUGUGUAA